UUUAUUAUUUUUGUUUUGCAAGAAUAAUAUAAUGACUGAAAAUUUUCCUGAGCAAGCAGAUGUGGUUGUUUUAGGUACUGGGUUAUGUGAAUCUAUGGUUGCUGCUGCUCUAUCACGUAUUGGGAAAAAGGUAAUUAAUAUUGAUCGAAAUAGUUAUUAUUCAUCACAAUGGACAACAUUUAGUUUUAAUGCUUUACAACAAUGGGCAAGUUUUCACCAAACAAAUCAUAGUAACCAUAAAAUUAUUGAGGGAAGUAUGAGGAUACCGUUAUUUGAAGAAAAUGUUAUAUCCAAUGUUUUUAUACAUUCUUGUAUUCCCGAAAAAAACGCUGAAUAUUUUGAAACUAAAUUUGAAGAAAAAACUGAUCAAAAGGAAAAUAAUAUAAAUGAAUCAGUUGAAGAAAUGGUAAAUGUAUUUCCAGAAGUAUAUAUUGAAACAAAAUUAGAUAAAUUUAAUAAUCCUGUUCAUAAUCAUAAUCCAAACACUAGUUUUAAAAAUUCAGACAACCCAACGAUGAAUAGUUACCACAGUGCAAAUCAAAUGCACUUAGAUACUAAAAUUUUGAGUAAUUUAGAUGAUGUGAUUCCAACAGAUUUUGAAAACAAAAUUCUAGAUAAAUCUGAUAAUUCAAAUCCAUUGAACUUAGACAACACAGUUUCAAAUAAGUCUGAUAAUACAAAUCCAAUUAAAUUAGACAAUCCAAUUUUAAUUAACUCUGAUAUAAGUCCAAUGAAUGUUAAAUUUGUAAAUAACAAGAAGUCAGAAAAAAGUAUAUCAUGUCAAGCAAAAGUAUUAAAAGGAGAUGGUAUUACUUUAGAGGAUUUUCAAAUGCUUUCUCAUAAGUUUAAUCUUGAUAUUUGUUUUAAGCUUCUUUAUUCAAACGGACCAUUAGUGAACACUAUUAUCAAAGCUAAUAUUUCUCAUUAUAUUGAUUUUACAGUUGUAAACAGAAUAGUUAUGUUUAUGGAUGGAGCAGUUGUAGAAGUGCCUUGUAAUCGCUCAGAUGUAUUUACCAGUCCAAUUUUAGGUGUUAUUGAGAAACGUCAUUUAAUGAAAUUUUUGACAUAUUGCUUUGAGUGUGUUCUGGAAGAAUCUGAAUUAAGUGAAGAGUUAUCUCUUCCUUUUGUUGAGUUUUUAAAAACAAAACAGUUGUCAGAAAGUCUUCAAAAAUUCAUUAUUUACUCUAUAGCAAUGGUAAAACCAGAGAUCAAAGCUUUACAUGCUAUAAAAGAAAUAAAAUAUUUUUUGAUGUCACUUGGUAAAUAUGGUAAAUCACCAUUUAUCUGGCCUUUAUAUGGUAUUGGUGAAUUGCCACAAGCUUUUUCCAGAAUGAGUGCAGUAUUUGGAGGUGUUUAUUGCUUGAAUAAAAAUGCUGAAGAAAUAUGCAUAGACUUUGAAUCUAAUAAAUGUACAGGAUUAGUUAUUGAUAAUAAGAUAAUUAAAUGUGAACACAUUGUAAUGGAGAAAAGCUACCUUCCAAGUUACUUUAAGUCUAGCCCCAAGGCCGAAUCAAUUUCAAGAGCUAUACUUAUAACAAGCAAAUCAUUACUAUCAUCUGUGGAAGAAUGUUUAACAUUUAUGACUAUUCCUCCUGUAGAUGGAAAAAUUAAUUUAGUAAGAGUUUUAGAGCUUGGUCCUUCUUCUUCUGCAUGUCCUGCUGGAUUAUUUAUAUUAUAUCUAGUUUGUAACCAAGACCAAACAGCAAAAGAAGAUCUUGAAGUUUAUACUAAGUUGUUAACAGAAGGUUGUACAAGUUGUCUUGCUAAUGUUUCCAAUGAUGGGAAACCUCGUUUACUAUGGUCUUUAUACUUUAAUCAAAAUAGUGAUUGUUUUUAUGAAAAUCUUCCUGAAAAUUUGUUUGUUGGUUCAAUGCCAGGAAGCAGUUUAGGGUUUCAAGCAGCAGUUAAAGAGGCUGAAAUGAUUUUUAAAUCUAUUGCUCCAAAUGAGAACUUUAUGAUACCUGUGCCAAAUCCUGAAGAUAUAUUAUGGACUGAUUAUGAUGAUGCUACUAGUAAAGAAGACGAAAUUGUAAAUACAGAAGCAUGAUUAUGUUUGUAUAAUUGAAUUUUUAUUAAAAAAUAAGCAGUUUUGUAA